UCUAGAUACAUAAUAAACCACGCUCUCUCUACACUUCCAGUUAUACAAACGUCCUGAUUAGAUCCCUAAUCGUCCUACCAUUGGAUUCGAUCUCCAGCUUCGUUUCCUCUGCGCACGCCACCAUGUCCGAGAACUUCGUUCCUCCAGGCCAGCAGCGCAACUUGCGCGCCUGCAUGGUCUGCGCCAUCGUCAUGACCCAGAACCGAUUCCUCAAGGAGGGCUGUCCCAACUGCGAAGACUUCCUUCACCUCGCCGGCUCCAUGGACGCCAUCAUCGACUGCACAUCGCAGGUCUUCGAGGGGUUGAUUACGCUGGCUGAUCCUGCUAGGUCGUGGGUCGCGAAGUGGCAAAGGCUGGAUGGGUAUGUGAGGGGUGUUUAUGCGAUUAAGGUCUCGGGCCAGCUGCCUGAUGAGAUCGUCGCCGCGAUUGAGGAUGAGGGGAGGAUACGAUAUAUUCCGCGCGAUGGAUCUGCUACGGAGGCAGACUGAUAUACUUGUUGGGUGAUAUUACUACGGGUUGUGGAUUCGUUCAUGGGAAUGGGAAAAGCGACGCUGGAGUUCAGGGAGUCAAGAGCUAAAUAGGGCCUUAAAAUUCGGACAUACAUAUACAGAUUUGGUUCCUCUAAGGGCAAAUGCAAAUGGUAUCAAAGUAACGCCAGUC